AACUCCAUCGUUUUGUUGCUUUAUUCAAACUCUUUUACAUUUUGAGAAAACUAAAUUUCAUAGUUUACAAAACCAAAAUACGAAAUGCGUAAGAGUAAUACAAAUGACAUGCUAUAUUUUGCCAAGUUGUUUCACACUGGGACACAAGUUUAAACUUCGGUGCAAGGCACAUAGUAGUACCGAAAUGAUGAUCGAUAAUACUGUUUGAAUGAGUCUAAGGAGAACAACCCUCGUAAAGAGACAAUUUCUAAGGGUACAAUCGGAUAAUUUAUAUCGUGGUUCGUUUCAGAAUAUUUACUUGUAAUACGACAAUUUUUUCGUGGAUUUGAUUUCAUAACAAAAAUAAUUAUUUAUCAUAAUAUACAAUUUUGUUUAGUAGAAUUGUGUUGAAUUUGAUCUAAAACCAACUUUAUUGUUCAGUUAAUUGCGAGUUAGUAAAACGAUUGCAUUUAGAAGAAUGUAAAGUUACUGUUUUUUUUUUGUAAAUACAAGGACUUAAAAAGUUAUACAUUAUAAUAUGUUCUACAAAUAUCGUAGUAAUUGCAAAAAACAUCAUGAGGCAUAAGUUAAUAAGUUCAAGAUGGAAAUGUAUGGUUAUAAUUUCAAGUAUUUUCUUGACAUUAAAUACAGUGGUAUUUGGAGUGCCAUUAAGCAUGUCAUAUUCAAAUCAAGAAAAUAUUAAGAACGAACAUUUUGCACACGAAAAGGAAUAUGAUAAAAAACUAGCUGAGUCAAGCUGUGUAGUCAACGGUUCAAAAUAUGGAGAAGGCGAAUAUAUACCAGGAGCAGGUCCAUGUGAAGAGUGUAUUUGCCAUCCACCAAAUGUUGUAUGUUCAAUGAUGAAAUGUCCAAUAAAUACUGGUUGCAUCACAAUUCAGUUACCAAAUAAAUGCUGUCCAAAGUACAAAUGUGAUUGUGAACAUAAAGGUAAACGGUAUAAUAACGGAGAAAAAAUUAAUAAAUCUGAUGAAUCAGCUUGUAGAGUGUGUUUUUGCAAUGGUGGAGAGAUAGUAUGCACUUCUAUUGUAUGUUAUACUAGAAAUGAUUGCCAAGGAUAUUAUUUACCAGGAGAUUGUUGUCCUAAAUACGAUAAUUGCUCGUCAACUUUAAUAGAACAAAAACAGAAAGAAUCAAUGAAUUCUAAGAAAUCAAACAGCCGAAAUAUUGAUUACUGGUUACAUACUACAGAACAGACUUACAACGAAGACGGUAUUUGGAAAAGAGAUACAGAAAAAAGCCAAGAACAAGAAUUGACUACAGUUCCAAAUUUUGUGACAACAAUACCUAUUUAUGACCCUGAAAAAUUAAUUACGGACAUCAACACUUCAUUACCAAAUAUUUAUAAAAUACUUGAAAAAAAUACUUCUUUUAAUGAAUCAGAUAAUGAUAUUAAUUUAGUAACUGUGGGUGAUCUCAUUGAAAGUUCAAACACUUCAUUUUUAGGUUUUGAAAUUGAUAAUAUUACAACAGAUGUAAAAACCACUGAUAUUAGCUUUAUAACAAAUAAUACAGCAUCAGAAAUUGUACCACAAUUUGAAGAAUUAUUUGAAACUACAACAGAUAUUGAUAAUUCAGUAAUAUUAACAGAUCAAAAUGGUACUGAAACUAUUAUAGGGUUGACAGAGGAACCAGCUACUGAAGAAAUUAGUAACUCAGUACCUGAAACAAGUAGUACGCAAGUCGAAAUUUUUAAUCCAAAUGAUUUAAUGUUAGAUACGGAAAAACCAAUGAUUGAACUUUCCACUAUAACAUCUGAAAUAGAUAUAACAACUGAAAUGGAUUACGAAGAGUCGAGGGAAGCAACUACACCAAGAGCACCUGAUAAAUCAACAAUUGGUACACCUCAUAAAUUAGUAAUGAACACCCUACAAAAAACAAUUGAGGAUGAGAUAAAUACAGAAAAUACAUUUACGGAUUUAGAAGAUACAACAGAUAUGUUUGGACCAAACUUUGGCUAUAAAACACAGACACAACAAAUAUCAUUUGAUACAAAUUUAGAUACUACACAGAAAAAAAAAAAUACCUAUACAACAAGUUUACCUAAAAUAUUAACAACCUUACAAAAUAUGAAAGAAACAGCCACUGAAUCUCCCCAAAAUGAAUUACUCAAUAAACCACUCAGCAAUUUUAAUAACAAAAAAAUUAAAAAUAAUAUUUCAGAAAACAUUGAAUAUAAUCUAAAAAAUAUAUCUAUUAAUAUAAAUAAAGCAACUGAAAUGUACAAUGACACUAUUUAUCUGGAAUUAGAGAAAAAUAAUACUGCUUCAUGUGUAAAUAAUAGUUGUACAAAUUCUUCAAAACUCAAUGAUGAACUAUUCGAUUCUCAAUCAGAGUCAACUUCAACUACUCCUUUUAUUAUUGAAACAAAAUUAUUACCAAUUCAAGACUCUCUUCGCUCCGUUAUUGGAAAAAUUACGUACCCUAAAGAAUAUCCUGACGAAUUUGAAACAAUUCAAAAUGGACCAUCUUUGACUAUAACAAAAAGAACAUACACAAGCAUUCCAGACAUAGUUUAUACAACAACAACAAUGGUUACCUUGCCAACUUUAGAUUUAAUUUAUAAAGCUGAUAAAGAAAUUGAAAAAUAUUUAACUGAAACUCAAUCAACAACUUUUAAACCAAGGAAUAAUUUAGGCCCACUUCGUAAUGUAUCAUUUUUAAACCCAACUUAA